AUGAAUCCUCUUCUCGAAGCUCACAGUAAUGUGCCCUCAUAUGAUGGUCCUUACUCUAAAGGGAACAAGGACUCACAAGGGACAGACAAUUCCCUGACCUCCAGGAGACAGAGUAUCCCAGAAGAUCUGCGGGGCGUGACGAUAGUAGAGCUGAUUAAGAAGGAAGGCAGCACCUUGGGCCUCACGAUCUCUGGAGGAACAGACAAGGAUGGAAAACCCCGCGUCUCUAACCUACGACCAGGAGGACUGGCUGCCAGGAGUGAUCAGUUGAACGUGGGCGACUACAUUAAGUCAGUGAAUGGUAUCAACCUGACUAAGCUGAGACAUGAAGAGAUCAUCAGUCUGUUGAAGAACGUGGGAGAGCGAGUUGUGCUGGAAGUGGAGUACGAACUGCCCCCAUCAGCACCAGACAGUACCUCAGGUGUGAUUUCCAAGACAAUGGAGAUAUGUUUGCACAAAGAAGGGACCAGCUUCGGCUUCGUCAUGAGAGGGGGCUCACACGAAGACUGGAACAAAUCUCGCCCGCUAGUGGUAACAUACGUCAGACCAGGAGGUCCUGCAGACAGAGAGGGUAGUCUGAAGCCGGGGGAUCGUCUGAUGAGUCUAGAUGGGGUGCCCCUCCACAGUGCCAACCACAGGGAUGCCCUCGCCGUGCUCAACCAGUGUGGCCAGGAGGCCCUCUUCCAGAUCGAGUAUGACGUCUCUAUCAUGGAUACUGUGACGAAUGUGUCUGGUCCCCUAUUGGUGGAGAUCGCCAAGUCACCAGGGGUGGCUCUGGGUAUCACCUUGACAACCACCACCCACAGGAACAAACAGGUCAUCGUCAUCGACAAGAUCAAAGCAGCUAGUGUGGUGGACAGGUGUGGAGCUCUCCAUAUAGGGGACCACAUCCUGUCCAUCGAUGGGACCAGCACAGAGCACUGUUCAGUCCUAGAGGCCACACAGCUGCUAGCCAGCACCUCAGACCAGGCCAAGCUAGAGAUCCUCUCUGCCCACCACAGCAGACUGCCUAACAAACCACAGGACACUGUGAAAGUUCAAAAGAGUGACCACCCCCACUCGUGGGACCCCUGUGUGAACUACUGUCCCCCCCAGCAACCCUCCUCCUACUGUAAGACCAACACCUGGACCACCUCAUCCAACCCUUCCAGCACACAGGAAUACUGUAAGUCCCUAGUGUCUACCACCUUCUCCCCUGGUUCCACCACCACCACAUCAGGCCCUGGGUCGACCAGCCAGAUCUCCAGUACCCUGCCCCGUACAGCUGUCCCCAUGAGCCCACGCAACUCCCUGAUGAAGAGACGACAGAGGAAAAAAGAGCAUAAGAGCUCAUCCGUGUCCCUGGCAUCCAGUAGUGUAGGUCCUGGUGGCCAGAUCGUCCACACAGAGAGCAGUGAGAUCAUCCUGAGAGGAGACCUCCUCAAUGGCUUUGGGGUCCAGCUACAGGGGGGAAUAUUCGCUACAGAGACCCUUUCUGCUCCGCCUCUCAUCCGCUUCAUAGAGCCAGACAGCUCUGCCGAGAGGUGA